CUUUAUGACUUUUCUGCUCUAUCUGCAGCUAACAAACUUGGUAUGGAUGCCAUCUUUGUGUACACAAAACAUGGAGAAAUGGCGUCACUUCUGUCGCGCAACCGUCCAAAUUCUCCCAUAUUUGCAUUUACAAAUGACGACAGCACCCGGAUGGCUCUCAAUUUGCAGUGGGGUGUUACACCUCUCCUCACAGAUUUAUCAGAUGACAUGGAAUUCAACAUUGCCAAAACCGUCGAUCUUAUAAUAACAAAGGGGAUGGUGAAACAGGGAGAUGUGGUUCUGGUGGUCUCAGAUAUCAUUCCAAUUUCUGCAAUCCCAACCUUGUUCCAAUCAAUCCAGGUGAAAACUAUUGUUUAGGAGACAAUUCUCUUGAACGUGGUAAAUAAUUUACUGUCAUCGACUGUAAAGAAAGGAAACCAAUAGUUGAACCUUUACCCCUUUACACUGUAGUAGAAGAUAUAUAUUUGGUUUCUCUUAUUUUAGUUGGUAUGUAUCAUGCUACUAGUGUCAUGUACUUGGCUUUCAAGACUAUACAGUUUAUGAAAUGAG